GGCUCAUACCGGAGGCAUACUCACUUUCCCAGUCGACCUCUCUUCCAAAUCUUAGUCCGAGACGGGGCGAGAUGCACCUAGAUCAUCAGCUCCCCUGGAACGCCCUCGCUCGGCACAUCACCCUGAGCCGAUCAAAACGGGACUCGGCGUUCGACCUGGAUCUACGUGUUCAACGAUCACCAGCGCAAGUCAAGGCGUAUGCGCACUUUGUACACGUGUUGUCGAAGACAAUAGCCGACUUUGCUAGGACGUUCCAGGAUACGGGCGAGGAUCACGUCGAGGCAGGUCAGAAUGGAGAUUUGCUCUCCAGUGAUCUGGUGGAAUACCCGGAAAAAUUCGGCCUAGGCCCGUAUAUGACCAACUCCUUACGCUCGAACCCGCUUUGCGAGGAAUACCGUCAUAUCGAAUACUGGAUCCAACGAGCCCGAUCCCCGCAAGGAGAAGAUGGAGAAGAGCCGUCGACGUACACCACGGCCGAUGCCGAUCUUGCCGACGCUGUCAAGAUGCUCUUGACCAUCGCAGCCCGGGCGGGCGUUGACGAGAACGCAGAGGACGAAGAAUCGGAAACGAUGGCCAGGGAGGCGACAAGGGCUUUAUUACGUCUCGCUCGACACCGGGAUGUACCUCUCAUGUACCUCGCCGGUCUACACUGGGGUCACGGGUUCGGGUUCGACCUGGCCCCAUUGACGGCUUUGGAGAUCUACUUGUUGAUCAACACGAUCGAGAGGACGAUCAUCAACCGCAAACCCCCUGUGGUCAGAACCUCGGCUGGGGAGAAGGUCGUCCUGCCCAAAAUCGGGGAAGAGAUCUUGACUCGAACACAAGCCUUCGAGCGGUUCAUCGGGAACGCCAUGUGCGACUAUGAUUAUCCGGCCCAGAACGUCAUGCACGAGGCGUUCUGGCGAGAACUGGGAUGGGAUCGGGACGAGAAGAGCCGAACGGACCCGCUCGUACAGGUGCCAGGCUCGUUACAGCCGUACUUGCGAGCCUGUUUUCGGUUACUUUGUGUGUAUCACUUGAUGCGGACGAACGCCGAGCCGAGCGUCGAUAUGGACGCUGUCUGGAAGGAGAUGGUAGAUGGGGUCUUUGUAUGGUGGGGUAGCGCGAUGAUAUAUUAGAUGAGGCACUCUCGUAAUUGACAAG